UGUCUGCCCUUCCGGAAGUUGCGGCUGCUGGGAGCGUCCCGCACGAUGGUGCGGUUCAAGAACCGGUACUUCCUCUGCGAGAUCAUCUCCGAGGACCCUCGCUGUCGGCAGCUCAUCGAGGAGCGCGUAGUGCAUAAUGCGGUGAAGAAUGCUGUCGCACGAAUACAUGGAGACUUUGGAGUAGCCUGUUGCUCCAUUGCUUUUUCAGUAAAGUACCUCAAUGCCUACACGGGAGUGGUUCUCUUCUGCUGCCGGAAGGAUUUUUAUCAGCUUUUGUGGUCAUCGCUUCCCUUCAUUACUCACUUGGAAAACAGGAGCCAACACUGCCCCUGUUCUUUUAACACACUUCAUGUUGGAGCAACAAUACGCAGGUGUCAGAAAUUCCUCAUUCAGUACAACAAGGACCAGCUGCUGCUGCUGUUACGGAACUGUACCAAUGAAGCUGAUAGAAAAGCCAUCCAGAAGUCGGUUCAGAGCUGUGCGCUUGUGGGAGUGGAGCAGUUCCAGAGUGAAGAUGAAGAGAGCGAGGAGAACGUGGAGAUGGACUGAAUUACAUCACCCCUGAGAUGGUUAGGCGAGGAGAUGGGUUGCGUGGUUGUCACUGGCAAGGAUCAGUAUUUCUUCCCCCAUUUUGUUUUUCAGGGUUUUUUAAAUCUGUGCUAACAAAACUAGCUGAAGUGUUUAGUUCUUUCCCUGUUCAGCUGUGUGUGUGUGUCACAUAGAUCUGCCUCCCACAGGUCUCUCUAUUCCUGUUUGCAUAAGUGCAGGGGAGGGGUGGGAAGGCUUUUGGCCAGAAAAAGUAUUGACCCACAGGAAAACUGCAGAGGGGCUGAAGCUGGACAGUGGGUGGAAUUUACGGGAACACGAUCCUUUUGCCUCCUUGUCCUUUUCUUCCUCUUACCCAUGCAGCACGUAGAAGCAGUGUUACUUUCAGAGGAGUGAUCUGGAGAAUAAAAGCAAGCUCACCCUGAGUGGAAAACGUGAACAACCUUGAAGGUCAGGACCCUUCCUAAUGGCCAGAGUUAGGUCCAUUCUUCCAUUCCCCAAAUCAGCAGAAAACUGCACUGCCCCAACAUCCAAGCUCUACUCUGCCUUAGUAAGGCAGCCAGUGAGGGGUGCUGUCCUUAAGUUUCAACAUGAGACCAAUCAAGGAAACCAUUGGUGGAUAUCCCGGCUUUGCUUGUCGUCUUACUGAGCAUCACCUGCUGGCAGGAAAAGCCACCUCCAUUGCUCUCCUUAAUAUGGUGGGUAAAUGAAGGAUAGAAGCCUGGGAUAGAAGGUCGAGCCACUCUGUGUCCCAAAACCAGGGGCUGAAGCGGGAGACAGUCCACACGGAGAAUCAGGAACGUCCUUGAGCUUCAUUCCAUAAUCGUCUGCCACCCCUGCAAGC